AUGGCCAUGGCUGAGCGGCCCCGGCCCGAGUGGGCCUCGUGUCACAGCCCCAGCACCAACAACUGCCAGGACCUGGGCAACUCCAUCCUGUUGCUACUGGGCCUCAUCAUCUGCGUUCACAUUGGCAUCAAUACGGUGACACUGGUCUGGCGCAGACUCCGUGGCUUCUUACACCACGUGUUUCGUGUUAUUUGUGAGAAAGAAGCUUCUAAGUUAUGCUCACCUGGGAAGCAGACCCAGCCCCCGAAGCAGAGCGCCCCUGCAGUCCGCCUUCGGUGCACCAUGGACCCUGUGAAAAUGGCUGUGUCCCCCCCACCCACUCGCCGCCGUCGCCGUCGAGACUCUUCAGCACGCCGCGCCCACCGCCCUAUAGCCUGGACCACUGACACUGACAGCGACGACGAGAAGCCCCCACGUCAGCAGACAACAAUCUGCUCCCACAACUGGGAUUGCCCCAGGGACUGGGAAGGCCUUCAGUCCACCCAGGGGUUCUGGACUCCCUGGGCCCAGGAUGCUGUGGAGCCGCCUACCCAGACCAUCCGCUUCCAGCAAACUGUAGAGGGAAGGCCGCUCAAAAGAGAGAUGCAGUCAGAGCUGGGCCUAGAGGCCUACGUGUACCCUGUGAACCCCCCGCCCCACAGCCCUCAGGCCCUGAGCCACAAGAACAGUGGAGGGGGGCCCCAGGCAGAACAGGAGCAGUGCUCGCCAGCCCAGCCACCCAUCCUGGGCCCGGCCCACGUCCCAGACAUCCCCCGGCGCCACUCCUCAGGGCGCGUAGCCUAUAAUGCCAGAGACGUGCGGCGGUGGCUGCGGGAGCUGACCAGGGAGUUGGAGGCCCUGUCCCACUGUUACCCCCCGGUCUCUGGAUCCAGCACGGCUGAGGGGACGGGAAAGGCCUGGGUAUACCGUUCCCUGACAGAGAGGUGA